AGAUCUUAGAAUUGACUUGUACCGCAUGGGCCAGAUGUCAUAUUGGGGCCAAAUGCAGAUGGCAGGUUCCUUUGGCUACAGCUAUACGGAAAAGGUGUUACAGGAUCCUCGAAUCCAGAAACUCCUGAACUCUAGUGAACAGUUUGACUUGGUGGUUACAGAACAUUUUUUCAAUGAGCCCUUUUAUAUCUUCGCUCACAAGUUCAAGUGUCCCUCUGUAUCCUUGGCACCAGGACCUAUGACCGGAUUCAACAACCAUUUGAUGGGAAAUCCAGCUCCAUAUAGCUAUGUGCCCAGUAUACUAGCUGAUUAUGGGAUUGAUAUGAACUUUUGGCAAAGGAUGAAAAAUACCUACAUCAAUUUACUAGGCGAUUUCUUUGUGCACUUCGAGCUGUUGCCCAACAUGAACCGGAUUCUCCAGACAUAUGUGCCAGACGCACCACCGUUGACCGAUAUUAUCUAUAACACUAGCUUAAUGUUGCUCACUUCGCAUUCAAGCUUUGGAAAUCCAGUGCCCCUGCAGCCUAAUAUUAAAGAGAUCGGAGGUCAUCACAUUUUACCUCCCAAGGAGCUCCCUAAGGAUAUCAAAGAAUUCCUGGAUUCUGCUAAAGAAGGAGCUAUUUUAUUCUCAAUGGGGUCAACCCUGAAGAGCACAGACUUUGCAGAAGACAAGAAAAAGGCAAUACUAAAUGUUUUCUCCAAGUUAAAGCAGAAAGUAUUAUGGAAAUUUGAAACUGACCUAUCAGACAAGCCCAACAACGUAAAAAUUAUGAAAUGGUUACCCCAAAAAGAUGUGCUAGCCCAUCCAAACAUCGUAGCAUUCAUAAGUCACGUUGGACUGUUAGGAACUUUAGAAGCAGUAUAUUCUGGUGUACCCAUUUUGGGUCUUCCUGUAUUUUGGGACCAAGUAAAAAACAUUGACGAUGCUGUAAGAAAAGGAUUUGCACUAAAACUUAGUUACUUUGAAUUAAAUGAAGAUAAUUUUAAUAAGGCUUUGGAAGAGAUUUUGAACACCCCAAAAUACCGUAUCAAUGCGAAGAGGUUAUCUAGACUGAUACAUGACCACCCAGUAAAGCAAAUGGAUGAAGCCAUUUUUUGGAUCGAGUACGUCAUCAGAAAUGACGGCGCAUACCACCUAAGAUCGUCUGCAGUCAAUUUGAAGUGGUACCAGAGAUAUUUGGUCGAUGUUUUUAUAUUUGUUUCAGGAAUUGUUGGAGUUGUAGUUUUAGUUUUGUAUAAGCUGUUCUGCAUAUUGUCCGCAUCAAAGCAUACGUUAAUCGAGUGUAAUAGACAUAUUAAAAAGAACGAGUGAUUGGGAUCGCUAUCUGAAUGACUCGGUGCAAAAUACUCUAGUCAUAACGCUGUAGUAGUAACUAAGUUAUUUCUCUGUAUAAACAUGGUCUGUAGAUUACAAGCCACUUUUUUGGAGGUGACUAUUAAAGGCUAAAACAAAA